CACCUCCUGCCAAGAUGUCCUCCCAGCAGCACCAGCAGCAGUGCCAGCCGCCUCCCAAGUGCCCCUCACCCAAGUGCCCCCCGAAGAGCCCAGCGCAGUGUUCCCCUCCAGCCUCCUCCGGCUGUGCUCCAAGCUCUGAGGGCAGCUGCUGCCUGAGCCACCACAGGCGCCACAGGUCCCACCGAUGCCGACGACGGAGCUCCAACUCCUGUGACAGGGGCAGUGGUCAGCAGUCCGGGGGCUCCGACUGUGGCCAGGGCUCUGGGGACCGCUGCUGACCUGGGCUCCUGAUGCUGAGACAAGGGAUUUUAGAGGAAACAAGAAUCCAAAGGGCCAAGGAAAAGCCCCAGCCUGAAGCGUCCUUUCCCAGAUACUCCAUCCUCACUUUCCCAGGCUGCGCUGGGGAUGCUCCAUGGAGGGUUCG